GUCUGGUGGCAUUUCGUCAGCAUCUCCAGAACUUGGCGAGGACCAAAGGCAUCCUGGAGCUGAACAAAGUACAGAUGCUGGUGGAGCAGAUGGGCUCUGGGGAAGGGGCCAUCAUGGGGCCCCUGGGACCACAGCACCACUUGCACAACCUCCUGGAGGGUGAGGCAUCCAAGCAGCAGGAGGGCCUAGCUUUAUACCAAGGCGCGCCACAGCCGCCUCUCCUGUCCCGCAGACAGAGUUUGGAGACACAAUACCUCACUCAUAGACUUCAGAAGGCUAGCGUCCUCGCUAACAGUCCUGCUAGCUGCCAACUUUUCUGUAAGGAGACUCCUCGAAGUUUAGAGCAACAGCUGCAGGAACACAGACUGAACCAGAAGAGGAUGUACCUGCAGCAGCAGUCACAGGGCAUGGGGCUGCAGACCUAUUUCAACCAGAUGCAGAUAGCUGAAGGGUCGUACCCGACAGGCAGCCCUGCCCUGGACCUAGCAGCAUCUCUGAGUUCCCCGCAGGGCCCCGCCAUUUCAGCCGCGCAUCAGCCUCAGCCCCAGCAGCCGGGCAGUCCUCAGACCUCGCCUCCUUUCAGCCACCCCCUCAGCUUGAGCCCCAUGAUGGAACCGGGCAAGGGCCUGGUUUAUGACCCCUACAUGAGCCACCACCAUUACACCCAGCACCUUCCCACUGCGUCUCACCUCCACCACCAGCUUCACCAACCUCAUGAAGCCUCUGCCAGUGGCCUGGGCUUCAGCUACGCCACAUGCUGUGAGCAGCAGGCCAUUGGCCCUUCCACUGAGGCUCUUCACCCGGAGCAGUAUGAGUUCCCGCUGGACCCCUCCACGCUGGUCCUUGCUCCAGGAGAGGCUGAGGCCGGAGCUGCUGGUGGGGGUUUUGCUGGUCCGGGGCAGUCAGACUGCCUGAACUUGCCCGAGCUGCAGAGCUCUCUCCUGGACAGUGAGAUGAUGGAGACUGUGGACUCCCAGCAUGGCUUCGUACUGGUUAACUAAUGCCAGCUGAGGGGGUUAAUACAAAGCGGUAUUAAGCAAUGAGAACCUACCUAGCAUUGAACCAGACAGAAUGGAGAUGUAAGUGGAGGCCAUAAGAGUAGCAACAGGGAAGGAAAGGUGUUAAUUUUUGUAUGACUAAUACAAACUUAAUUUCUUAGUUGUGAUGAACCUCAGACAACAUUUCUACCAAAAUCCUUCCUUAGCCUACCUCCCUUUCUCCUUCUGCUCCUCUGUUCUUGUUCUCAUCAGCCCUGUGAGGCAGGAACGGGUCCGAUACGUGGCGCAGCGUGAGCUUCGCCAAGCUGACUCUGUUGCCAAGGACAUUGUGCCACCUGUGAGGACUGCGCCAUGCAGCCCGACGAGGGGAGGGGGGGGGCGGAAUGCUGCACAUCCUUGAGUACAGCAUUUCACCUACUAAUGGUUUGAAAGUGAACUUAUUUCAGACCGACUGGCAACCAAAAGCACAAUGGCUGGCAGUGCUGUUUGUAUUUAAAAUAGGACACCACAUCUACACACAUCUCAAAACACUUUUGUGCAUUUUUUAUUAUUACAGUAGAUUAAAAAAGUGAUGUAGAGAAAAUCGCCCUCAUUUAUCAUGGUACCAUGGAUAUCACCACAAAUUCAAGUGUUAAAAGUCUCACUUUUGAAAAUAACUUUACACUAAUGUGAGUGCACCGGCUCACAUAGCAAUCAUGCAUAAGUUUCAACACUAACAUUUAGAGUGUUCCUGCAGAAAUCCACUGGUAUCUAAGUUUGUCAUUCACUUACAGAACUAAUAAACAUGCUGGGCGCUGGUGAGUGAUGCACCAUUUGUUGAGCUUUAGCUACAUUUGUGCUUUUAACAGUGAUAAACUCUUUCCAAGCUAUAUUUACAGUUAAACUAAACUUAUGAAAAAUAAUAGAUACAGCAGCAGUCGUUUGUCAGCUAUGUGACAUAAAUAAUACAGUUGUUUUGUUUGUUUUCUUCGUGGUUUUUGUAACUUGUAACUACUGAUCCUGAUUUAUUUCUUACACUACUGAUCUGAGUCUCCUCCUUUCCAUCCGACUGCACACACACGAUGCCAGGUUUCAUGACACAAAAUGCAAGAGGAUCAUUUUACCAGUUUUUAGCAGUGGACGCGUGUCUGUCUGUUUUAACAGUUGAAUUGUGGGUCAUGCGCACGCCUGAUAAAUGAGGGCUGACGUAAUCACACGUGUUUGGUUGAGAAGUUGCGGUGUUAGACAGUUGAUAUUAUUCUAUUUUGUGGCAAUACUGAAGCAAUAUUAAUCCUUAAUGUCAAGGGAUUAUGAAUGGAAGCCUCACCUGUACAGCCAGCUCUGAUUGGUUCCCGGGACCUCUGAGUCGUCAGCAGUGACAUCACUUGAGCUGAUGAUGUAACCAGGAGAUAAUCUGUCGCUCGCUCGGCCUGGAGGGACGAGCCUGGAGACAGUUGUAUGAAUGUGUGUGUGUAAUGUGAGUGCGUGUGAGACUAUUGUUUGUUUGCACAAUUCAGACUUCAAAUCUUUCUGCAUCCAUCACAUCAUUUGUAGUCAUUACUGAAGAAGACGAACACUGUACCGACUCCUCCAUUCAAAAUAGCACAGACUGUGUUUUCCCUCAGCACACAGUUGUAGCUUAUGAUGAAUUCUGGUUUACAUCGUCAGUGCUCCGGUCAUGCCUCUGUGUUGUUUUAAUGAUGAAACGUGUUUGUAAUUAUGGAAUGACCCCGUAAAGAUUCCCUGCAUUAGAUUUAAUAAAAGAAUGUCUCCUCUCUGAUGUUGUGGCCGCUGUGAGACAAAGAGAACAUCAUCGGUUGCCUGACACUGGAUUUUGACGAUUGUCUCACCACCGCCGCUCUUUGGCUGACAGCACGCCAGCAGCAAGACGAGAGAUUGUUUUUUGUUUUUUUACGUAGUGUUCAAUCUACUUGAAGUGCACAGAUGUAUUUUCUCUGACAAAUGUCGAUUUAAAAAAAAAAAAAAAAUGUCAUUGGUAUAACGGGACAGUGAACGUCAGAGAGUGGAGAUGAUAUUGUUUGACUGUGACCAUCUGCCAUCAGAGUGCGUGACCUUUAGUGGUCAUGGGUUAAAGCGUGAAAGAGUUUGUCUACAUAGCUCCCACAGCUCACAUCUCUCUUACAGCUCACAUCAGACUCUUUAAAGUACAGAUGUGGUUCUUAUUAGUUUUUAAUGAUGGUUAGAAAAAAUGGACCAACUGUGGUUGCAGUCCUGUGCAAGAAUAUAAGGAAAAAUCCACCCUAAAAUGCUUUCAACACUGUUUCACAACCGAUCAGGAAUGUUUUUGUCUUGAUCAAAAAUAAGAUGUCAGAAAACUCAGUAGAGCUCAUACUACCACCUAGGCCCGACAGAUCCUUUAUAUUUUGUCAGGUUGCACCAAAUUACAAACACUGAUUGAUAUAAGUACCCGGAAUAUGUCAGAUUUUUUUUCAUCAAGAUCCAUGAAUCCCUGGGAGAUCAGUGAAAAUGUUGAAAUCUCGCAAUGUUAAUGAAAGUUUAAAAAAAAAAAAUCUGGAUCUGCCUCUUUAUUCGUAGAUGUGCCAAACCAGAAGUGGAAUCAGUGGAGAAAAUCCCAAGGCCCAAAAACCAAACAGGUUAAAUAGUUUAAGAGACACGCCAUUUCUCGAUGCCAGAGAUAAAAAAUUGGAUUAGCAUCAAAUUUAAAUAGGUUUUUCCCCUGACCCAUACUAUAUCCUUCCUCCAUGUUUCAUGGAAAUCUGUGCUGUAGUUUUUGUGUAAUUCUGUUCACAAUAAAACCCACAUAAAAAAAACAACAGAAAAGGGUGAAAACUUAAAACUUAUUACUUAUUAGAGGUAAUUAAUCAAAAUUUGUGUGGCGGCAAUACAACUAAUUUAGACUGGUGGCUUUGAGCAACAGUCUCAGAACAUAUUUAGUUUAAGACAAAGAAAAACACAAUUCUGUCAAGUUUUGGUACUAACGCAUAAAAGAUGAUAACCAAUGCAUUGAUUAUCAGAACUGUGUAUUCACUCCUGAGGACAACUGAUCUAUUAGAUCAUACAGUAUCACGUUGAGGUAUUUCUGGAAUUUUCUUGUAAUGCCCUGUGGAUGUAAGAACAGAUGACUUUGUAAGUCACCAUGCAGCUCUGAUGUUUAUCUGUCACAGAUGCUAAUAACUCCUGGAACAAUGGCCUACAUGUACCAGACUGUAGCCACAAGACAUGUUACACAACAGGUCUCAUGAUAUUCCACCUCUGAAAUGUACUAACCAGCCGGCUAGAUGUAUGUUUUUAUAUGAUCAUAUGUGACAAGAAGCUCAAACCCAGUCUGUGGGUCGGACAGAAGUAAAGAACCGUGUUAGGCAGGUCCAACAUAGAAUCAUUGUAAAUACGUGACAGUGUCAGAGAAUUAAAGGGUGGAUUUCGCCUUAACAUGAAUAUUUUUUGAUGAUUGUUUUCUUUUCAUUUUAUUUGUCAAUGGUCGGGCUAGAACAGCUACAGGAUGAUCUGUGGAAGUUGAAUACUGGAGCACUUUGACAACGAGGGGGGAGGAGAGAUAUAGCGGGGAGAGAGGAGGUGACGGCGUUGGAGAUGGAAAAGGUUUGUGUUGCUCUGCCGUUUCCUGGCAGAUGAAACAAACCACAAUCUGUAGGAAACACCUUUUCCCCUCUCUCUUCCCCACCAAUAAUGGACACAAAACAGAUUUCUUUCAAAGAAAGACCAGACAUAGAAACACUUUAUCUGAUUGUUGAUUUUUAUCCAAGAGAGAGAAACACUUCUCCGUCGAUGAGUGUUCUUUGUACCAAUUUUAGGGAUGUAGUGAAUCUUCAGUACAAGUUGCACCGAGGUUAAUUUUGUGUUGAACGUGAAGUGUUCAGUGUGCCUUUUACUUUUUGGUAUUUUCAAUCUAAAUUUAAGAUUUUAAAUACAACCAUUAUUUCUGCUCGGACCCUUUUAUUGUUUAUUUUAUUAUGAUCACGUCUUUCUUUUCUGUACUUUUUUGUUUUGUUUCUGAAAGUUAAGUAGAGCCAGGUUUUACAAAGGUACAAAACCAAAGUCCCUCAGAAGUUUCCCUGUACAACCCACCGUGUGGAGUUCUGGAGCUUCUCUGUCAGCAUCUCUACUGUGCUUUUUUCUUGUUGGUCAAUCAGUGUAUGCCAUUUAAAAGUAUUAUAGCAAUAUUUCUCUAGUUGAAGACUCAAGUCAUGAAGAUUCUAGUGGACGUGUCUCAGAGUAUCAUAAUUUCACCUCCUGCUGAUAAAACACAAACAUCAAUCUAUCAAUAGAAAUACAGUUUUAUAUUUACCUUCAUUGAUGUUGACCACACAUAAGCUAACUUGCUGUUGAGAUUAAAAAAAGGUUUAUUGAACAG